GUCCUAGCCCACGCCCUUUCGCAACGUCGUUGAACAAACCCUCCGCCCGCAACCGCCACGAUGCAGCUGACCCUCGCCGCCGUCCUCUCCGUCGUCGCCCUCGUCAGCGCCGCCCCGGCCGACCCGCCACCGCUGCUGGCAACCCGCGGCGCGACGACCUGCGGCAGCACCUCGUACUCGGCCGGCGCCGUCGACGCCGCCUCGUCCGCCGCGUGCGACUACGUGCAGAGCGGCGACACGGCCGGCAGCUCGACGUACCCGCACCGGUACAACAACUACGAGGGCUUCAACUUCCAUGGGAUAAGCGGGCCGUAUUACGAGUUUCCCAUUCUCAAGUCCGGCAAGGUCUACGGCGGCGGCUCCCCCGGCCCGGACCGCGUCGUCGUUACACAGGACUGCGAUCAGGCUGGUCAGAUUACCCACACUGGCGCCAGCGGUAACAACUUUGUCGGCUGCUCCGGCACGAACUGAGCGAUGGGCGGUGGAGAGGCGAAGCCCGUGGCGAUGUCGGCUGGUGACGGACUGACUGACUGGCUGAGUGACAUGUGGGCUUGGACCGGGAUUCGAGCCAUCGCCGCGCUUGAAUGAGGCUGGCUGACGACUUAUUCGUGCAUAUAUACCUUGUUUGUGGGCGCUGUAUACAUACAUGCAGCCGAGUGGCCCUGAAUUGAGGCUUGAUCACGUUUCGAAU